AUGCUCAUAUCUGUGGAAGACCAAAUCCAAGUCCAAAUCCAAUCGAAAUCGAAAUAUGGCGAGAUACUUCGAGUGCUGGUUAAUAGUUCAGCUCAGAUAAAAUGUGAUGUCGGUUCGAGCUUACCGGACGACAAAGUUUUACUUGUUGUUUGGUAUAAAAAUAAUCUCCCAAUUUAUAGUUUCGACACCCGAGGCGCUCAUGCAGGCACACCUUCGCAUUGGCGUGAUGAGGAUGUUCUGGAAGAUCGCGCCAUUUUUCGCACACAUAAAGAGCCCGCAGAAUUGAUAGUAAAUCCCGUACAGGAAAAGGAUGCAGGGAACUUUCGUUGUAGAGUGGAUUUCAAACUUUCGCAAACUAGAAAUAGCAACGUCAAUUUGGAAGUUGUCGUUCCACCGGAAAUACCAAUAAUUUUAAAUGAACGACAUAAUCGCAUUGAAUCACGUGCAGGUCCUUAUGAAGAAGGUGGUAGCCUAGAAGUGACCUGCGAGGUUUAUGGAGAUAUUUUAAAGAAACCUGCACUUAAAGAAAAACCUGCUGACAUUAGGAGAGUUCUGGGUUUAGCUCCAACUACUGUAAGAACAAUUUGUAAUCGUGAUGUGGACAAGAUAAAGGACUACGAAAAAGCUGUCAUACAUUUACAGUCCAAACCAGUUACAAAAAAUAUAAGUCCAUUAUAUACAAGUCCAUUAUAA